AUGCUGGUUACGUAUUUGGAAGCCAGCCGGGACCUUUGCGAGACGGACUCAAUUCUUUUUGGCGCCGCACUAGCAGUCUGCCGUAUUAUAGGCACCAAACUUUCCACGGCUGGACGCGCUACUGGACAAAGUAGUGCUAUCCCAGCCUGGAGAAUAAGAGUUGAAGAACGUAUCGCAAAGGCUAGGGCCCUCAUCCGCAGACUGAUAUGCUUCAGGUCAGGCAAUACCAGGCCAAGGAUUGUGCGCACCGUCAGGAUGGCGUUCGCUGGGACAAAUGUUAGUUUUUCCCAGCCGGAUAUAAUGCAAAAACUGACGGAGCGCAUAGACGACCUGAAGCAAAGAAUAGCUGCUUGGGGAAAGCGGAUUCGGCGAUAUACCGAGAGGUCGACACGGUUCAACCAGAAUCGUCUCUUCCAGAGUGAUCAGAAGAGGCUCUAUAAAUCAUUGGAGUGA